ACCAUGGGACAAGAAGAGAGCCACACCGAGGAGAUGGACUUGGCUCAGAUUCAGGAUCUGUGCAUCAUCUUCAUGAAGGAGUGUCCGAGCGGCGCGCUGCACCUCCACGAGCUGAAGAGGAUCUUCGGGGUGCCGAGCAGCUCUGAGGAGUCCCUCUACGUCGAGACCAUAUUCCGCUCCUUUGAUACGAACCAGGAUAACACACUUGAUUUCCUCGAGUAUGUGGCGGCACUUCACCUGAUCUUUAGAGGGAACCUUGAAGAUCGGCUCAAGUGGUCUUUCAAGAUGUAUGACAAGGACGGGAACGGCAAGCUGGACAGACAGGAGGUGAAACGCAUCAUAAGGAUUAUUUACAAAAUCAAGUUCCAGACGAGCAGCGUCAACAUGUCUCCGUCUGAGAUCUGCGACCGGAUCUUCGAGUUGGUCGACCAGAAUAAUGACGGUCAGAUAACUUUGUCAGAGUUCAUGGAGGGAGCACAAAAAGACGAAUGGGUCAUGAACCUGCUCAAGUUGGACAUCAACGCCACCAGCUGGGUCACCCAGAACUGUGUGAAGUUACCAUGACUCCCAGGAUCUGUGGGGUCACCGCCCACAUGUUUUGGAUUGAGGUGCUGACUUCAUACCUUGGGUUUAGAAGCUUUGCCUUCGCUUCCUGUGACUUGAAGCUGGAGAGCGAUGCACUUUGUCAUGGCUGCAGCUCUGCCAGGAUUUUGACGGCUGGUCCAAAGGUCCGAGUCCUUGCUGUGGUCCGUCUUGGCAGUGAGCUCAUGUCUCUGUUGAAAAAAAUCCAAUACUCACAUAGAAAGUGUGUUGUUAAAAGCUAUACGGUCGGUUAUUGUAUAUUUAUUAAUGCAUGUAUCUUUAGUUUAGACAUGUCGGCCAUAAUGGAUUUGUAAACAAAUAAAUAACCCCAAAGUAAAGAGUCAACUUUACAUUGACAAGAAAAACAAUUAUUUUAUUUCUAAUUAUUCUACCUGAUAUAAUCGUUACAGUUAUUUGUUGCUAAAUAAUUUAAACAUAAACAAUUUUGAAAUUGGUUAAAUAUUUUGUAGUAAUAGUAUAACUGUAACAUAUAGAAAUAUCUUGGUGGUGUUCUUGUUUCUGCAGAGGGCUGAUAAAAAUACCAACAUCAUAUUGCACUAAUUUGUAAACCCAUCUAAGAGUUUAAAGCAGUAUUCAUUUCUUUUGGCCACUCGGGGGCAACAAAACAAACUAAAACUCAACAUUAACAUCAGAAGAAGAAGCACACGUAUUUGCAAACAGUUGCUUACUUACUGUACGUUCAGACCGAAACGCUCUGGCAGCUCUGUCGAGAGGUUUGUGGACACGCUGACGUAGAUGAAAUAGACAUCUAGCUGCUAGCAAGUUUGUUCAGGAUGGUUGGUUUUGUAAAAACUUUAUUUAAAUGGCCUGAAAAGCAAACACUCAUGUCCACCGGUAUCUUUGUAAAAGGGUUUAAGUUAACUUUAACGUUAGCGUUACCGACUGAUUUGCAUUAAGUUGUAACGCAACUGGGGGAAAUCCCGCCACCACAAUUUUCAGUUGUUCCUCUAUUGUUCCGAUGUUUGAUGGGAACAAAACACGGUUGUGUUCUCUAGCGUUCUCAAAGCGCAGCACUUCCACAUUCUGAUUGGUUGCCGCCAAACCGUGUCAUAGCUCAUUACCAUGAAGUCGCCUGGACUUCAACUUCUUCUGAUGCCCACACCCCCCAUGUCGCGCCGCCAACGGCCACGCUGCUGUUCGCCGCCAAGAGUGAUGUUUUCGCCGCUUUCGGUCUGAACGUACAGUCAAACAGUUCGCAGACAGAGCAACAUUAACUCUUGUUUGAAGUUUCGUUUCAAGUUGUUUGAGUGUAAAAUGUAAAAUUCAUUCUUCUUUGAUAAACUGGUGAAUAUCUGGCCCCUUCUUCACCAGAUCGUCUCUUACUGUGUCCGUCCUUUAGUGAUGGGCGACACGGGGAACUGUGAAACAAUAUGUCUGAAGAAAAGAAAAAUGCAGCCCUGAGAGAAAAACUCUGUAUUUGUUUCAGAUGUGUAUUUAUUUUGUUAUUAAAACA